AUGCUCAACCACUGGUGCGAGAAGUCAGUGCCAGUACAAGACACAGAGAUCCUGAGCCCGAGACUUGAACAAGAGAUUACCUGUGCCAGUCUUCACCAGUACAACCUACAAGGCUGGUACAUCGAUGUCGAAAGGAUGCGUCACCUGCACGGGAGCGAUGAUGGCAUAGCCCAGUACUACCUACAAAAUGGACCCAAUGCCACCUGCUACAUGUAUAAACCCCCAGAGAUACAGUCCUACACACGGAACCGCACUGUCAGAGAGUGCUGUGAGGGAUGGAGUGGUCCUCGCUGCACUGAAGGAGUUGGAGUCAGAGGACGCUGCUACUCAACAUGGAACUGCCAAGACUUUGUUGGUGCCCACAACCUUUCGCUGAUGCAGAUGGAAGAGUGUUGCAGCACCAUGUGGGGUCACAGCUGGAGGAAUGGCUCUGAUGAAUCGUGCUUUUCUUGCACCUACAGCUUUUUCAUGGAUUCUCAGUCAUCAAUGGUUGUGAAGCCUCAUUCCUCCUGGCUACUUGGAGCCACUCAAGACAAGCAAGCGUUUUCCACCUGUGCCACCUGGAGCAGCUCACACUUUCGCACCUUUGAUGGACUGCACUUUAACUUCAGGGGCAGCUGUACCUAUAACCUGGCAUCAUCUCAAGAUGGCACAUGGGCAAUUUACAUCUCCUCCACAUCUUGUCAGCUCACAGGGGCCUGUGCUAAGGCUCUGAAGAUGAUGUUUGGCCUGGAGCUGGUCACCGUGCAAGGCAGAAAUGUCUCAGUUAAUGGAGUACCAGUUCAAGAGAGGCAGCCGCGUUUACAAAACGGAAUCAGCAUUCGCUGGCUGGGAGAUUUCAUAUUCAUCGACACCGGGAUGGGCAUCAGGGUGAAAUACAGCGGAGACACCACCAUUUAUGUGACGGUCACGGCGGACCAGAGGGACAGAACCAGAGGGCUCUGUGGCAUUUACAACGAUGACAUUCGAGAUGACUUCACCACUGUUGCUGGCACUGUCGUGAAAUAUCCAGCAAGUUUUGGAAACUCUUGGCGUGUUCCCGGUGAUCAACCAGAGGUCUGCAGUGACGCAGCAGAGGUGGGGCACACCUGUGACAUUUCAGGACAGCGCACCCUGCGGCAGAAAGCGGAGGCCGUGUGUCACAGACUGCUGGAGUCUCCUUUCAGUCAGUGCCACUCCAAGGUGGACCCCAUGGGUUAUCUGGAUGCCUGCUUGUACCUGUACUGCAGUGAAAUGAGCCCUGGGAGAGAAAAUGUCGUCUGUGACACCUUUGCUACCUAUGCAAGGGAAUGCACCCAAAAGCACAUCUUUAUCAGCUGGAGAAAUGCAGACUUCUGCGAGCGCCGUUGCAACAGGGGCCAGGUGUAUUCUGAUUGUCUCUCAUCGUGCCCUCCAAGCUGUGCAGCCGUACGGACCCCUGAAGCAGGUCACUGUCGGGAUGACUGCGUGAGUGGCUGUGAAUGCCCACCUGGAACCUACCAGGACAGAGGGUCCUGCAUUAAGAAGGAGGAGUGCCCCUGUUCUCACCGUCGAAAAAGCUACAACCCAGGGGACACAAUCCAGCAGAAAUGCAACCAGUGUGUUUGCCAGGGUGGCCAGUGGCUUUGCUCUCAGGAGAAGUGCUCGGCUCAGUGCAGUGUGCUGGGAGACUCUCACUACAUCACCUUUGAUCGCAAACGCUACACUUUCCAUGGGGCCUGUGAAUAUUCCCUUGUGGAGGUAAGAUUGCAUUACAGAGAAAGUAUUAAGAGAAAAUGUGAAUUUUUUGACAGCUUUCAUAACAUAGGAAGAAACAUAACAGAACAUCCUGAAACCUACUUAAUCACUAACCAGAGCCACAUGAUACCUGAAGUCUAUUCUUGCAUCAUCAAUUGUAAGGCAGGAGCUAACAGAGGAUGGCGGACCAAUUCAACUCAGACACCAUUCGAUUUUGUUGACAAGAAGCUGUUAAUCACGGGGGAUGUAACGAUGAAUGGCAAAGAGAUUGCCCUCCCAUUUUUCAGCAGAGGUCUCUUGCUGAAGCAGGCUUCUUCUACCUUCAUCCUCAUUCAGCUUCAUGGGGCACACAUCUUCUGGGGUCUGGAGUUCCCAGCUGCAUACAUCACUCUUCAGCCAGUUUAUGCUAACAAGGUGAGAGGCCUCUGUGGAACCUUCAACUGGAACCAGAAUGAUGAUUUCACAACACCCGAAGGUGACGUGGAAAACAGCAUCUCUGCCUUCACUAACAGGUUUAAGAUUGCUCCUGACUGUCCGCCUCUCAGCAGCUUCAACUUUGACCCCUGUGGGAUCUUUGCACAGCGUCGCCAGUUUGCAGAAGAAGUGUGUGCAGUGAUCCGUAGCCCUGCUUUUGAGGUCUGCCAUGACCAGGUUGAGUGGGAGCAAUACUAUCAGCUGUGUCUAUAUGAUGUGUGCAGUUGCCCACCUGGAAAGCAGUGUGUCUGUAGUGCCAUUGCUGCCUAUUCGAGACAAUGUGCUCAGGAGGGCACCGUAGUCCACUGGAGAAACCACACAUUCUGCCCAUUACAGUGCAGUGGAGGCCAGGUUUACAGCGAGUGUUCUCGGCCAUGCCAAUCAUCUUGUGAAGAAGUCCAGCGUCCCAGUAGCUGUCAGGUGGUGGAAGAUUGUGUGUCAGGCUGUGCCUGUCCAGAAGGGCUGGUGCUGGACAGUACUGGGCAGUGUGUGCCCAUCGAUAUGUGUUCUUGUAUGCAUGGAGACACCAUCUACCAACCGGGCAGCAGUAUAAAGCGCCUCUGCAAUACCUGUCUUUGCGAAAAUGGCACGUGGAACUGCACCAGUCUUCAAUGUCCCGAUAUGGCUAUUUGCCCAGGGAAUCUCGUCUAUUCCUACAAGUCUUGUCUGAGGACAUGUGAUAAUAUGGAGUCCCCACACAACUGUUCAGAGGCAUUUGAUGGCUGCGUGUGUCCAGAAGGCACUGUACUCUUGGGUGAACAGUGUAUCCCUCCUUCAGAAUGCCCAUGUCAUCAUAAUGGCAGACUCUACUACAAGAAUGACAGCAUCACCAAGGAAUGCAAUACCUGUGUGUGCAGAGACCGUCGCUGGCACUGUGGAAAAUCACGCUGUUCUGGAACCUGCCUUGCCACUGGAGACCCACACUACAUCACCUUUGAUGGACGGCCCUUCACUUUCUUAGGAGACUGCGAGUAUAUCUUGGCACAUGAGACCAACGGGCUCUUCACCGUUACUGUGGAGAAUGUACCUUGUGGCUCUAGUGGGGUUACCUGCACUAAGUCUGUAAUUGUGGCACUGGGCAACACCAUUUUGCACUUGCUAAGAGGGAGAGCUGUGACCGUGAACGGUGUGUCGGUGAGACUGCCCAAAACGUACAGCGGAAGUGGGUUGAAGCUAGACAAAGCCGGCCUCUUCAUCACUGUCACUUUGAAAUUAGGACUCGCUCUGUUGUGGGAUGGAGGUACAAGAGUUUAUCUGAAACUGGAUCCAGUGUUCCAGGGACGAGUAAGUGGAUUGUGUGGGAAUUUUGAUGGUGAUACAGAGAAUGACUUCACCACUCGGCAGGGAGUUGUAGAGCCCAUUGCAGAUCUGUUUGGAAAUUCUUGGAGGGUCAGCCAGAGUUGCCCUGAAGUGCAGAAUGAUGUACAGCAACAUCCAUGCACGCUCAAUCCACACCGUGCUACAUGGGCAAGAAAGAAAUGCAGCAUCAUCAACCAAGACUUGUUCUUACCCUGCCAUCAAGAAGUGCCCAGCCAGCAGUUUUAUGAAUGGUGUGUCUUUGAUGCUUGUGGUUGUGACUCUGGAGGGGACUGUGAGUGUCUCUGUACUGCCAUUGCCACCUACACCGAGGAGUGCAAUAAGCGUGGAGUGUCCAUUCGCUGGCGGACGCAGGAUCUUUGCCCAAUGCAAUGUGACAAUGGACAGGUAUAUGAAGCCUGUGGCCCUGUCUGCCCCUAUACCUGUAGGACAUUGCAUCAGAAUGCUGAUCCACACUGUAGCUUGCUGUCAUGCGUGGAAGGUUGCUUCUGUCCUGAGGGCAUGGUCCUCCAUGAUGGAAACUGUAUCAAACCAAUCAAUUGUCCAUGCGACUGGGAACAGACUGUUUUCCCCUCAGGAGCCACCAUCAUCCAGAACUGCCAGAACUGCACCUGCUCAGGAGGAUCUUGGGAAUGCUCCGGCCAACCUUGUGGACUUGAGCCUCUUUGCUUACAUUCCGAGUUUCAGUGUGGCUCGGGGCUGUGUAUCCCAUCCUCAUGGGUGUGUGACAAUGAAGAUGACUGCGGGGACGGCUCUGAUGAGGCCUGUAUGGCGAGCUGUGGGCCACAACAGUUCCGCUGUGACAGUGGACAGUGUAUUUCUGAGCAGUUCCUCUGUGAUGGGGAGCCCGAUUGCACUGACAGCUCCGACGAGAUUCAGUGCCCCCCAGCUCACCUCUGUACUCGGGGAGAAUUUUACUGUGCUAAUGGAAGGUGCAUCCCCCAACUCCAGGUCUGUGAUGGCAGACUGGACUGUGGCAUUGAUGAUGACUCUGAUGAAGACGGCUGUCAUUUGGAGUGUGGCAGAGGAGAGUUUCACUGCUCAGUGGGGAGGUGCAUCCCGUACAUGCAGCGCUGUGAUGGCCACGAUGACUGUGGAGACCUCAGUGAUGAACACGAAUGUGUGUGCCCUUCUGGAGAGUUUCAGUGCCCAAAUCAGACUUGCCUCCGUCCAGAGCAAGUGUGCGAUGGACAGUCUGAUUGCAACUCUGGGAUGGAUGAGGAAGUGUGUCAUACUUCAGCUGCUGUGACGUGUGCAUCGGGACAGCUGGCUUGUGGGGAUGGAACCUGCAUAGCAAGAGAAAAGACUUGUGAUGGGGUGCCUGACUGUCCAGACGCUGUAGAUGAAAAUGACGCCCAUUGCUCUGCUCCAAUAACUGUCUUACCGGAGCAUACUGAAGCCACGCCUCCUCCAGGCUCCACCCCCAGCAAUGAAACAACAGGUGAUGGUGACAGCAGAAACUGCAGUGCCCACGAAUUCCUUUGUGGAAAUGGGGAAUGUAAACCUAAAGCCUGGCUGUGUGAUGGAGAAACAGACUGUGGAGAUGGCAGUGAUGAGGUUCGCUGCUAUCAGCCGUGUGGGCCCGAUGAGUACCAGUGCCAUGGCAGUGGAGAAUGUAUCCAUCAUACCCAGCUUUGUGAUGGCAAACCAGACUGCCGAGACCAGUCCGAUGAGAGUCUAGACAACUGUGGUUCAACUCAGAUCCCUCCAUGCCCUGGAAAGUUUCCCUGUAAUAACCGUGUGUGUGUAAACACCUCCCAGGUGUGCAAUGGCAUCCCAGAGUGCCCUCUCGGAGAAGAUGAGCUACAGUGUGGCAAGAACAUCUCCACCAGCCCUUGUCCAGAGUUUACCUGUAAUGAUGGCAGCUGCAUUAGCUUCAACCAGGUUUGCGAUGGAGUGGCUGAAUGCUCCGAUCAGACUGGAGUGCCACCUCUGGAUGAACACGACUGUGGAGUAUGGCACCCUUGGGAGUCGUGGGGGCCAUGCAGCCGAACAUGUGGAGCGGGAUUUCAUAAAAGACAGAGGCACUGUUCAAGUCAAAAGCUGUUAAAGCGCUGUCGGGGUGAAGCCGUUGAAAGGCAGCAGUGCUUUAAUGUUGCCUGCCCAGUUGAUGGAGGGUGGUCACAAUGGACAGUAUGGUCCAACUGCACUAAGGACUGCAGUGGAGUGGUGAUCCGCCGCCGGGAAUGCAUUGCUCCACAGAACGGAGGCAGUUCUUGCACUUCUCUACCAGGAUCAUCCCAGGGCUCCCUGGAAAUCGAGCCGUGUCCCCAGAACAGCUGCCAAAAUGUUACUUUAUGCCCAGGAGGACUUGUAGCAAGGAAGUGUGCUUCCUGCCCCUUGACUUGUGCAGACCUGGCCAAAGAUGUGUCUUGUGGAAUAGACUGCUUUUCUGGUUGCUGGUGCCCUGAAGGCCAACUGAUGGAUUAUAAUCAAAAUUGCGUUUAUCCAGAAGACUGCCCUUGUGAAGUGGACGGGGUACAGUUUUUCGCAGGACAACAGGUUAAAAUUAAGUGCCAGAUUUGUACCUGCCAGCAUGGGAGGCUAGAAGAGUGCCAACAUAACCCUGAGUGUACAGUUAACUGUGGUUGGUCUUCAUGGUCGCCGUGGGGUGAAUGUCUGGGGCCCUGUGGUGUUCAGAGUGUCCAGUGGUCCUUCCGCAGCCCUAACAACCCUAGUAAACAUGGAGGAGGCAGGCAGUGCCGAGGAAUCUAUCGCAAAGCACAAAGAUGUGAAACAGAACCAUGUGAGGAUUGUGAAUUCCAUGGAGAGAGGCAUGCCAUUGGAGAACGAUGGAAAUUCAAAAACUGCCAAGUAUGCCAAUGCCUGCCCAACCUGACCGUGCAGUGCUCCGACUACUGCCCUUAUACUGCCACAGGCUGUGCAGAGGGUCACACUCUGGUCCCUGGAAGUGGAGAAACCUGCUGUUACUGUGAAGACAGAGGAACCAAUGCCACAUGGUUAGCCAGUCCAACUCCUCCAAGCCCAUUUGUCACCACUUCCAGCCAGGUAACUGUGAACCAAAGUGAGCCCCUUGUUCCAAUGUAUCCAGUGAGCCCUGGAGAUGAAUGCCUUAAACCCAUUGGAGUUGAGAACCUUCCAGACAGCAGCUUCAGUGCAUCUUCCCAGCAAAGAAACAACCCGGCCAAAGCAGGACGCCUGAAUCAUAUCAGCUCAUAUAGUGACUUACAGGGCUGGAGUCCCGACCCGGAGCAGUACCGUAACCUUCAGGAAAACCCAGCCUUCCUGCAGAUUGACCUCUUGCAGCCUCGUAAUGUUACUGGUGUCAUAAUUCAAGGACCAGGAGCCUCUGAUAGCUAUGUCUCCAGCUUCUACCUCCAACUGAGCCUAGAUGGCCACAGAUGGUUUAGUUUUCAGGAGCUCCUCACAGAUGGUCGUCCUCAUGACAAGCUGUUUCUGGGAAACACAAAUGACUCUGGUGUCACCAUUAGCCACCUGCACUUGAUGGUGACCGCCCGCUUUGUCAGGAUCGUGCCACAUAACUUCCACAAUGGCAUCUACUUAAGAACUGAGCUGCUCGGCUGUGGAGAAGGUACUUUGCCAGGGCCUCCGACUCCUCCAGGAUGCCUCUCUACCCAGUUCAACUGCUUAAACACAAAUGUCUGCCUUAACUUGACCCAACGAUGUGAUGGCAGAAUUGACUGUGAGAACGGCUCAGAUGAGAAGGGAUGUGUCUAUUCUAACCUCGGGAUGACCACUACUGCUGACGAUCACAGGUUAUCGGGAGCCACACCUACCCAUUCUACCUUCACUGGUGGCACGGGAAGGGCGAGCACUGUGACGAAGGAACAUGAAAGAACUAGAGUUCCAAAGCCUAAAGAGCUAUGCAACUUUCCACUGGGAUUGGAAGAUGGCAGCAUCCGCUACAGACAGCUCACGUCUUCUUCAUACAAAGAGAAUAAUCCUCCUGAUGCCGGACGUCUGAACAUAGUGCCCAACGUCUUAAAUAUGGAGCCUGGGUGGAGUCCUCUACCUGAUGAUUCCCAUCCUUAUUUUCAAGUGGACUUUUUACAGCCCACAUUCAUCUCAGGAAUUGUCACACAAGGAAGCACACAUUCAAACAGUAUGGUCCUCAGGUACAGACUGGAAUACAGCUUGGAUGGAGUGAACUUCCAAAAUUAUACAGAAGACAAUAAGCAGCCAGAUCACCCACAGAUGUUGGAGGCACAAGUGUCAAGCAUUAUUCCAAUGAUGUCCAUGCUGCACAGGAUCAUCUUUGCUCGGUUCUUACGCAUAAUGCCUGUGGAAUACAAAAAGAACUUUUUUUUGCGUGCUGAAAUCCUUGGCUGCUCCAUGGGAGCUGAUCUGACUAUGGAGAGUAUGCCACCUCUACCCAGAAUGCUUUGUGCUCAGGACGAGUUUCAGUGUCGAGCAUUUGGCUGUGUGGAUGCAGUGCUUGUGUGUGAUGGGCAAAGGGACUGCAUGGAUGGAUCUGAUGAACAACACUGUGGUGCUGUGUCUCCAUCCCCACUAACCCCAAGCUUCACGACUCCUGGCCAGAUCACAGCACCAGCAGGCGUCUGCUCUCCCAAGCAGUUCAUGUGUGGAAGCGGAGAGUGCAUUCAUCAGGACAGAAAAUGUGACCUUCAGGGAGACUGUCAGGAUGGAUCUGAUGAGAAGGACUGCGUGGAUUGCAUUGUAUCUGCUUGGACUGAAUGGAGCUCUUGCAGUCAAUCUUGCGGUCUUGGCUCAAUUUUCCGGCAGCGAGAGGUGAUAAAAGAAGAGCAAGAUGGAGGCCAGUGUGAGAAGAGCUUGUUCGACAGCCGAGCCUGUUUCAUAAAGGCUUGUCCUGUGGCUGGCCAGUGGUCUGAAUGGGGCCCCUGGUCAGCAUGUGAUGUGACAUGUGGAAAUGGGGUCAGGUCACGGGAAAGAAGCUGCUCAAACCCACCUCCCAAAAAUGGAGGAGAAGACUGUGAUGGAGACGCCUUUGACACAGAAAGCUGUAACCUCCUACCCUGCAACCACACAGCAGCAGCCAUCUCAAAAUGUCCUUCAGGUUUGGUGUUCAUCUCAGCAGAGGACUGUGAAGAGGAGAGUCUUAAUCUCUGCCCUUUAUCCUGUGAGGAUCUCAACAUUGAGUUUAAUUGCUCCUUACAGUGCAAAGAAGGGUGCCAUUGUCCUUCCGGAUUCUAUCUUCAGAAUGGAAUCUGCGUUAAUGCCAGUCAGUGUCAUUGUCACUGGAACGGUACUACUUUUCAGCCAGGAGAGACUUUAAUUAGAAAUGACUGCAGUGAAUGCGUAUGCCUUAAUGGCAGAGUCUCCUGUGAUGAUUCUCUCUGCCCAGUCAAUUGUGAAUGGUCAUCGUGGUCUUUGUGGACAUCCUGCGAUAGUCAAUGCGGUGUGGGGAUUCAAGAGCGUUACAGGUCACCAUCAAACCCUCCAGCGCAGAAUGGUGGGUCACCAUGCUUGGGUGAUUCUGCGGAAGCACAGCGCUGUCACAUCACCUGCAGUGACGAUGUCUUAGAUCAAGAAAAACAAUGGACUGAAUGGACAUCAUGGUCUCAGUGCAGUAAGACGUGUUUUCUCCAUGUGGACAGUGUUGGUGUGAGACGUCGCUUUAGAGCCUGCAACGAGUCACUGGGUAAUGCCUGCUCUGGAUCAAAUGAAGAACAGGAGCUGUGUGCUACCAUACCCUGCCCAGUUCAUGGAGCAUGGAGCCAGUGGUCCCCCUGGUCUAACUGCACUGCUGAAUGUAACUUUGGAGUUCAGACCCGAAGCAGAGCCUGCACUGCCCCAGCGCCCCGUCAUGGAGGUGACAAGUGUCCUGGACCACAUGUGCAGACUCGGGACUGCAACACCCAACCCUGUCACAGUGCUUGUCCAGAAGGGAUGGUAUACCACAGUAAGGAGACUUGCCAGCAGGCUGGAGGAGCCUGUCCACGGGUGUGCAUGGACCUCACUGCCAUCGUGGAAUGUGCAACAGACUGCUACGAUGGCUGCUACUGCCCAGAUGGGUUCUACUUACAAAAUGAGACGUGUGUUCCACUGAGCCAGUGCUACUGCUACCACCAGGGAAAAGCUUACCCACCAGGAGCAACUCUGCCUUGGAACGCCUGCAACAACUGCACAUGUUUGCAGGGCCGAAUGAUCUGUGGAACUGCUCCAUGUCCAGUGGAUUGCGGUUGGAGUAGCUGGACACAGUGGAGCUCAUGCAGUAAGACAUGUGAUGUGGGGACAAGGAGACGCUACCGCUCGGGAACAAAUCCACCAGCUAUGUUCGGGGGUCAGAAGUGUCGAGGCUCCAGCACCCAAGUGGAUUUCUGUAGCCUGCAGGCUUGCAAGGGAACUUGGAGCUCAUGGACACCGUGGUCAGAAUGCUCUGUGACUUGUGGCGGUGGUUUCCGUAAUCGCACCCGAGACGGGCCUGGCUCCAGGAGUAGCGAGUUUUCCAGCUGCAAUGUGCAUCCGUGUGAUAACAGAACAAGCUGUCCACCUGACAAGGAGUGGAAGGAGUGCGCCAGUGGCCACGUGAGUUGCACAGAUGUCAGCCUGGAUGUCUUGAACUCGACGUGUGAGCCGGGAUGCUUCUGCCGCGAGGGGACCUUACUACAGGAUGCUAAGUGUAUCCCAGUGUCAGAUUGUCCAUGCCUGGACAAUGGAGUUUUGUACUCACCAGGCGAGAUCAUCCAGAGAGACUGCAAUAACUGCUCCUGUGUUGCUGGAAAAAUGGUUAACUGCACGCAAUUCAGCUGUGAUGUGGAUGGUCAGUGGUCAGAAUGGACUCCCUGGAGUGAAUGCUCUGUCUCAUGUGGAACUGGACUGCAGAAUCGCUAUCGGUUUUGUAACAGCCCACCUCAGUCCGGAAGUGGCCUGCCCUGCCUUGGUGCUGAUAAACAGGAUCAGAUCUGUAGCAACGCCCCAUGUUCACGAAACGGUGGCUGGAGUGAGUGGAGCAGCUGGUCCGAUUGUACCAAGUCGUGUGGUGGAGGUGUAAUAAGCAGGUCUCGUGAAUGCAGUAAUCCAGUUCCUGAAGGAGACGGGGACUUCUGUGAGGGUAUUGGAAGUGAGAUUGACUCCUGCAACACUGAAGACUGCCCAGUAAUUGACUGCUCCUCCAUUGAAGGAUCUGUCUUCAACAGCUGUGGACCAUCCUGCCCACGCUCCUGUGAUGAUCUUUCACACUGCAUCUGGAGUUGUGAACCAGGGUGCUACUGCAGUAGUGGAAAGCUUCUGGACAAAAAUGGCACAGCUUGUGUGGAGAGAGAGAACUGCACCUGCCUUGACGUCCACACCCUGGAGCGAUACCUUCCUGGAGAAACCUUCACGAGACCUGAUGGCUGUAACAACUGCACCUGUGUAAAGGGAGAAUUGAUCUGCACUAAUAGGCCUUGUGCUGUUUCAGGGGGCUGGUGUGAAUGGUCAGCUUGGACACCCUGUUCCCGUACCUGUGGCUCAGAGAUGGUGACCCGCUACCGUACUUGCUCCUGCCCUGCUCCACUGAAUGGUGGUUCAGCCUGUGAAGGGGUGCAAGAAUAUCAUGUCAACCUUGGGGUACAAAUUGAAAGAAAACAAUGUCCUUCUGUUUCCUUCUGCCCAGUUCAUGGGGCAUGGAGCUCCUGGAGUCCCUGGUCACUUUGUGAUGGCUGCAUAGGAGCAUCUGUACGAACAAGAGAGUGCAGCAGUCCACCUGCCAGAUUCGGAGGACUCCCCUGCCAAGGAGAAGCCAGACAGAGCCGCGUGUGCCAUGACAAUGAAACCAUCUGCUCAGAAUGUGGAGGAGGUCAGGUUGGCUUCCCCUGUGGUAAACCAUGUCCAAGGACUUGUGAUGACCUCCAGAGUGAUACAGUUUGUGAGGACAGCACGGUCUGCCAGCCCUCUUGCGGUUGCCCUGGUCAGCAAGUUCUUCAAGAUGGCAUUUGUGUGGAUUUGUCGCAGUGUCGUUGUAAAUACCAGAACAUCACAACAGAUGGCUCUGGUGUGAGGAAUGGAACUUGGGUCUGGCCGGAGUCAAGAGUCUGGAUGUACAGUGAACCUGGGGAGACCAUCUACACUGCCUGUCAAAACUGCACUUGUGAAGAAGGCCACCUUUACUGCCAGUCAGAUCCUAGAUGUCGCUUGGAUGGCAGCUGGAGCCCGUGGUCCAAAUGGUCACCUUGCACUUUAACCUGUGGCAGUGGCACUAAGUUCCGAUAUCGUGAUUGUAGCAACCCUGCGCCACAAGGAGGUGGGAGAGGUUGUUUAGGAGAUGCAGAGCAACAGCAUAGCUGCAAUGCGUUCCCUUGUGAAGAUUCCGAAUCUUGGGGUGAAUGGUCAGCUUGGACAGAAUGCACUGUCACCUGUGGUGGAGGAGAACAGAUCCGAAGACGCACAUGCCGAUAUUCCGAGUGCAAAGGACUUACUCAACAGAGCAAGGCAUGCAACACUCACGUGUGUCUUGAUGUUGGUUGCCCACCAGACCGCCUGUAUCGUGAAUGCCAGCAAGGAGAAGGAUGCCCCUAUAGCUGUGCACAUGUCAGCCUCAAAAUGAGCUGCUACAGUGACAGCUGUGAAGAGGGCUGCCACUGCCCCGUGGGCACAUUUUUCCACAAUCACUCCUGUGUGACGGUGUGCCCCUGUGAUGUGGAUCAAGAGCUCCUUCAACAGUUACGGAACCUCUCAUCCAUUCCUUCUUUCUCACCUGUCCUGCUCACCUCUCAGGGAAAUGCACUGGCGCUUGGACACAUGGUCCAGUCAGGAGAUUCACUCUUUUUCACAUGUGGAUCUUGUGUGUGUCAACACAGCCAUUGGAACUGUUCAUUAUCUAGAUGUUCUGAAGAGCCUGGCCUCACUCCAUGGGGAUCCUGGGGGUCUUGUUCCCGUACUUGUGGGGGCCUAGGUCACAUGACUCGAUUUAGAGAAUGCAUCCAGGAAGAAGCUGCCCAAGGAAAUUCAAACUGUACAGCUCCCCUUCAGGAUGUCAAGUAUUGCCAAGCCCCUGAUUGUCCAGCUUUACCAGCACCCACUGAAGAUACCACAACAUCAGAUACUCUGGAUGGCUUUGGUCCCUGGACCAGUUGGAGUCCCUGUUCAAAGUCCUGUACUGACACCAAGGAUCCAGCACUGAAGAUUCGAACACGGAACUGUGUCAGCCAUGAGAACUGCACUGGCGAGACAUCCCAGGAGAUGGUCUGCAAUUUGCCGCAGUGUUCUGGAACAGAAUACUGCCAGGGAGAGGAUUGCGCCCAUAGGAACUGCUCCUGGAACCCAUGGUCUAGCUGGGGGGAAUGUUCAAGGUCUUGUGGAGUCGGGCAGCAGCAACGUCUCAGGACCUUUGUAUCCCCUGGCAUAAAUGGCAGCUGGUGUGAUGAUAUCAUGGGAGGAAAUGUAGAGAUCCAGUUCUGCAACAUUCGAGCCUGUCGAGUGGACGGUGGCUGGUCUCGAUGGAGUCCUUGGUCAAAGUGUGACAGAAAGUGUAGGGGUGGAAAAUCUGUUCGCACCAGGACUUGCUCUAGUCCUCCACCCAAAAAUGGCGGAAGUAACUGUGACGGCGAUAAGAACCAGAUAAAGCUUUGUAACACCAAACCCUGUGAAGGUGAGGUCUGCCCACCAGGUCUGGAGACUGUGGACUGUGCCAACCGCUGCCCACGCCACUGCUCCGACUUACAGCAGGGUAUCACCUGUCUUAAUACCACAGAAUGUCAGCCAGGAUGUCGGUGCCCUGAAGGAUAUCUGGAGCAGGAUGGGUCGUGUGUCCAGCCAUGGCAGUGUGAAUGCAUGGACGCACUAGGCCAGAGUUGGGCUCCUGGUAGUUCUCGACAAGAAGAAUGUAAUAAUUGCACUUGCAUAGAUGGACACAUUCAGUGCACCAACCUGACUUGUGGGCCGUCUCACUGUGGCUGGAGCUCUUGGUCUACUUGGUCCUCCUGCAGCGUCUCUUGUGGGGUUGGUCAGCGGUCCCGCUUCAGAUCAUCCACCACAGAAAUGAAAGAUGAAAAAUGUCAGACUGACCAGUCCCAAACAAAAAUGUGUGACCUGGGGGUCUGCCCCCCUCUCUGCGUUCACAAGAACCAGGAGCUAAUGGUGGGGGAGACUUGGCUGGUGGGGGAAUGCCAGCAAUGCAUAUGCACUCCAGAAGGUGUUUACUGUCAAGACAUAGAGUGCCAAGUGGAUGGGGACUGGACACCAUGGUCCCUCUGGUCAGACUGCUCAGUUACUUGUGGGAGAGGAGUGCAAAUUCGUAGCAGAGCUUGUAUAAACCCUCCACCACGGAACAAUGGCUCUGAGUGUAAUGGACCUGAACAAGAAGCACAGGAUUGUGGGAGCAAGCCUUGUCAUGAGGACUCUUGCCCCUGGUCUUCAUGGUCUCCAUGUUCUCGGAGCUGUGGGACUGGUCUGAGGUUCAGAAAACGGGACUGUGCCUGCACUGAGGAUGAAAUGGGGGAGACUGUCUGUCCACCAGAAAGACACACUGAGGAAACACAGCCCUGCUACGAACAGCCCUGCACUGGUUGUCCUCUGAGUGAAUGGACCGAGUGGUCUAGCUGUUCCUGCACCUCUCUGCUGCAGCAGCGAUACAGGACGCCUGUCCGUUCUUCUCAUGUGGGUCAGGAUUGUGAUGGCAUCGAAUCUCAGUCCAAAACUUGUCCCCCUGAAGAUUGUACAGUCUGCAGCCCUCCUUUUCAGUUCAUGAAGUGUGGCUCCCCCUGUGACAAGCUGUGUUCAACCACAGGACAAGGCGGCGGAUGCAAAAACCAUUCGGAGUGUGUGCCGGGCUGCUACUGUCCUGAGGGUCUUCUGGAACAGAAUGGAACAUGUGUUCCUGCUGAGCACUGUGGGUGUCUUCAUCUGUUACAUCCAGAAAAUGAUGGGCCCCCUGUUGCUGUGACCAUUCCUCCAGGGGAGAUGGUGGUGUCUGGAUGUAAAGCUUGCACGUGUGAUGAUGGGCAAAUGAUUUGCAGUAACGAAGACUGUGAAGUAUCUUUCAGUGAGUGGUCAGAGUGGGCAGCAUGCUCCCCUUGUUUGCCCCGGAUGGCUAUUAGUCCCAAAACUGUGGCUCUGUUGGGCGGUCAGGUUAAUGGUGACAGCAAUGUUACAGAGCCUCUAGCAAACAGUGGCCAUUACGUCUCUGUACAAAGAAGAUAUCGUACCUGUCUGGCCCAAGAGACUGGACUGCCAGUGUCCAGCAGUGACCAUCAGUGCACUGGAGAUGUGGAAGAUGAGAGACUCUGUCCCGAUUCAACGGUCUGCGAAGAUUUAUGUCAGUGGAGUUCCUGGAGCUCCUGGAGUGUCUGCAAAGAGCCAUGUAGUGGAGGUUUCCGUAUCAGAAAAAGACAUCCAGAAUUCAUACAAGACGUCCACAGCUGCCAGGGCAACUGGUUCCAGUCUCAAAGCUGCAACACAGCCUCAUGUCCAGGGGAGAGUUGUGAGGAUCGAGGAAGAGCCUUUCUAGUGUCAUGUGCCAAUCAGUGCCCACGAUCAUGCACUGACCUCUGGGAGCAUGUACAGUGUCUUCAGGGAGCCUGUCGUCCAGGUUGCCGCUGUCCCAAUGGAUGGCUGUUACAAGAUAACGUUUGUGUUCCCAUUUCGGAGUGUCGCUGUGGGCUACACAAUGUCGAUGGAACCCAAGAGUUUGAACCGGGCACAAAAAUGCAAAUCAACUGCAACAACUGCACAUGUGUGAAUGGCACUUUCACUUGCACAGCGCACGAGUGCCCCAAAUACAGCCCCUGGGGUCAGUGGAGUGAAUGCUCCAUCAGUUGUGGGGUUGGGGUGAGGAUAAGGAGCCGGACGUGCGAAGAAACACCCAGAAGUCUACCUUGUACCGAUGAGACCUCACAGAGAGACGAUUGCCAGCAGCCACCUUGCCCUGUGGACUGUGCUGCAAGUGAGUGGUCCGACUGGAGUGAAUGCAGCGCCACCUGUAAUGGAGGAGUGUCUGUGCGGAACAAAACAAUCAUCAGACACGCUGAACAUGGAGGAGAGGAUUGUCCCAUCCCUUUGCUACUGCAGAGAGCCUGUAAUGCCCACAACUGCACACCAGAGUGCCCAGGUACCCAAGUAUUUAGCAGAUGUGCCAAUUCCUGCCCUCACAGCUGCACUGAUCUACGGCCGGAGUCUGAAUGCCUACAAGACAAGUGUGACGAGGGCUGUGCCUGUCCAUUAGGGGAGGUUCUUUUGGGUCAAGAGUGUGUGCCCGUAGACACUUGUCCCUGCACCCUGCAAUCCUCAGCCCUUCAUGCCGCUCUCAACAUAUCCCAGGAAGAGACCAUGAUGGAAUUUCCUGCAGGUUCUGUUAUCUAUCAUGAAUGCAAUAACUGUACUUGUCACCAUGGGAUCUUCACUUGCACAGAGAACAGCUGUGAUGUGGACUGCCUGUGGUCGGAAUGGUCACCAUGGACCUCGUGUUCUGUGAGCUGUGGGACAGGCUCCCAAUUGUCUAGCCGUGUCCAGAUCCAGCAGCGUAUGUACAGCGGGAGAGAAUGUGAAGGAUCACCCCAACGCACCCAACUGUGCACCCAACCAGAUUGCAAAUGCCCACGUGGACAGCGAUUCAAACGGCUGACAGAGGAAACAGCUGUAUGUGAACGGACCUGCCAGGAGAUCUAUGAGCUGAUGCCUCUGAACUGCAGCGUGCCCAAUAACCGUGAGGGUUGUGUGUGUGAAGUGGGCCGAUACCGAAACAGCGCCCAAGACUGCGUGAUGGCAGCUCACUGUGAAUGUGCAGAUGGAAAGAAUAUCUACCAGGCCGGUGCUGAGUGGACCGAAGGCUGCUUGACAUGUCAUUGCCUGAACGGGAUGAAGAUCUGCAAGGACGACUGUUCUCCAGUCAUCUGUGUCGAGGGAGAGGUGAAGGUUGAAGAACCUGGACAAUGCUGCCCGGUCUGCAGGAAGGAACUUCCAAGUGAGCCGUUGCCGGUCUGCCAGAGAUAUUCUGAGAUCAGGAAUGUCACCAAAGGGGACUGUCAUCUGGACAAUGUGGAGGUCACCUACUGCCGUGGCCAGUGUCACUCUUCAACUACUGUAGUUUUUGAGGAGCCGUACAUUGAGGUGCUGUGCGAAUGUUGUAGUUACAAACUGGACCCUGAGAACCCCGUGCACUUUAUCAGCCUGCAGUGUGACAGUGGAGAGGUCGAGACGGUGGUCCUGCCAGUCAUCCAAAGCUGCCAGUGCAGUCGUUGUCAUGGUGAGUUAUUUGAGACGUGUGCAGCGGUGGACUGAACCGCGCCAGCCCCGUGUCCUCUUCACUGUCCCUCUCGGAUCUUCUCUUAACUCGUGAACUGCAGUAUCUGUGGUCAUUAUAUGACUGGACCUUUAUAUAGAUCUGGUUUUGUAAAUCCUUCUGUGGUUUAUCCUGUACAGUUUUUAUGUCUUUCCAAUAAAUAUCAAGCAAGCAA